AUGACAAAAAAUGAUAGUGUUCCGAUUGGUUUGGAUGAAUUUGUAAAACUAACAAAUAUAGCCCAUUGGAUUUAUCGUAUAUGGACAAUAGCAUUUAUUUUAAUUGGCCUUACUGGCAAUUUUAUUGCUCUAAUUAUAUUUAUUCGAUGGGCAAACCAAUUAUCUGUGUAUAUUUAUUUUAUUUUUUUAUGCAUUAUCAAUAUUGUAAUUUUAUUAAUUGAUAUGAAUUAUCAUUUUCUCCUUUCAUUUAUACUUGAUGAUAACAUAUUAGUAAAAACUCUUCUUCCGAUAACAUGUAAAUUUAUAUUUUUUUUAACAUACUUAUUUCGUUAUUUAUUCAUAUGGACGAUUGUUAUGAUCAACAUCGAUCGUUUUAUAUAUUUAAAUGAGCACUCAUUUAAAAAAAAAUUCUGCCAACGUCGUACAGCGAAAAUGAUGUGUUUUGUAUUAAUUUUACUUUCAUUUCUUGCUAAUUGGCAUUUUUUAAUCUAUUUUAAUCAACCGAUUAUUACUGAAGUUCCAUUAGACAAUACUUGUUUUCUAGAUGGACUUACAUGUCACUGUACAUCAUUAAAUACAGCAUAUCGAUCGUUUUGGAAAAAUAUUUGGCCAAUAUAUAAUCUUAUGAUAUUCGGUAUUAUUCCAUUGGUUACUAUGAUUACUUGUUGUAUAUUAAUUAUUCGAAAUAUCUAUUUAACGAGAAGAAGGAUCUUUGACGGAAGACGAAAUUCGGAUGUGUCUGUUAAUUCGAAAAAUCACAAUUUACGUUCAAUAAUAAAAACAUUGAUAUGGCUUGAUUUAUUAUUUCCUAUAACAAUUUUUCCAUCAUUAUCCUUACAAAUUUAUAUUAAUUAUCAAUCGCCUAAACAGUGUGAAAAGAUUGGAAUUAUGAAUUUGGUUUUUUCGCUUGUAUUUGCUAUGAUGUAUAUUAAAAAUACAUUUGCAUUUUUUAUAUUUUAUUUCGCAGGUCAACAGUUUCGUCGAGCACUUUCAAAAUUAAUUCAUUGUAGAAAUACAUUUGAUUAUACUGAAAGUCGUUGA